CCUUUCAAAGUCAAUUUUGACAGCAUGCUAAUUGGCCCUUCUCAAAAAAACACGCGAGAAUUAUUUUACGCGAUAGCAUAGUUAAUAAUAAACAAAUGCAUCUCACACUGAGAGCACCCGCACCAAUGCGUUGCUAGUCGGACUGCUAUAGCAUGCUAGAUUGACAACAUCAUUCGUUACUAUUUUGGUUAACGACCGAGUUACGCACCGGUGGUUGCUAUCAUGGUUGUUAUUUUAUCUUUCCCUUUUCGCACCGGUAGUUGGUAAAUAAAGUUGCUACCCGUAGGUAGAAAAAAAAUAAUGGAGAACGCGGAUGUCUUUCUUGAGUAUUUUUCUGAUUCGAGCGAUGAAGAAAAUCAUUUCGCGGAACAAAUAUUGAUAUACGCAUAUGGAACGACAAAUUCAAUCACCCGAAGAAGCCGAGGUGGUUCCCAACCUGGAAAACGACCGAAUAUUGACCGACGAGCAGAGGAAGGUGCCAUUCGAUUGUUCAAAGAUUACUUUUCGGAAACACCUAUAUAUACGGAUGAACAAUUUCGUCGACGUUAUCGGAUGCAUCGUAGAUUGUUUUUGAAAAUUAAAACGAAGAUUGAAACAAACGAAUACUUUAUUCAAAAACCAGACGCAACUGGAAAAUUGGGACUGACAUGCAUCCAGAAAUGCACGGCUGCUAUUCGUCAGUUAGCAUAUGGAUCACCGUCGGAUGCAAUGGACGAAUACGUUCGAAUCGGCGAAUCUACAGCUCGAAAGUGUUUGAUGGAAUUUUGUCGCACGGUUGACACAAUAUUUAGCGAUGAAUUCCUACGCUCACCCACGCGUUCAGAUUUGAAGCGUCUACUUAAAGUCGGAAAUGAGCGAGGUUUUCCGGGUAUGCUAGGAUCGUUAGAUUGCUGCCAUUGGCAGUGGAAGAACUGUCCUACUGCUUGGGCAGGGCAGUAUAAAGGUAAAGAGAAGAAACCUACUAUUGUUCUUGAAGUGGUUGCAUCGUACGACUUAUGGAUAUGGCAUGCAUUCUUUGGUAUGCCAGGAUCAAACAAUGAUAUUACUGUACUGCAUAGGUCCCCUCUAUUUUCAAACCUAUAUGGCGGCAAAACACCAUCAGUGAAGUAUGAGGUUAAUGGUCACACUUACAAUACCGGGUACUAUUUAGCAGACGGAAUAUAUCCUCCCCUUGCCACACUUGUGCAAACGAUAGCGUCGCCCGUUGGCCAAAAGCGCAAGUACUUCGCAGAAAGGCAAGAGUCUACUAGAAAAGAUGUGGAACGCGCCUUCGGUGUGUUGAUGGCACGGUUUGCCAUUAUAAAAAAUCCGGCUAGGUUGUGGAAUAAAGAGGAUUUGAAAUCUAUUAUGCGCACCUGUAUAAUUCUUCAUAAUAUGAUCAUUGAAGAUGAACGGGAAGAUUUAACGUCAUACGAUAUAGAGGAAAGCAAUGUUCAUGAAGUAGUGAGACCAGUUGAUGAUUUUACAGCGUUUCUGGGUCGAUACAGAGAAGUACAUAACACCAGCCUUCAUCAUCAACUACAGAAUGACCUGAUUGAGCAUCUUUGGAAUAUGAAAGGGGAUGAAGAGUAGUUUUACAUUCACUACACUACUAAUUCAUAUUCUUGUAUGUAAAAUUAAAUCUUUCCACAAAUUCACACAUCUUUUUCAUAAUUUAUUUAACAUGGCUGAAUGAAUUAGCAUAACUGAGCCGCGAUUAUUUUUUUAUUUUUACAGUAUGCGCAAAAAACUAACGCUAAUUUAAUAUCUAUUGGUCGGGUCGUGUUGUCAUGUCGUUCGCUGGCGGAGGAGUAUUAGUUGUGUUGUCUGUCGCAGCUUGGCUUGGAGAAAAUUCGUCGCUGUUGUGCUAUCUUAUGACAAGCGCAAUUUAGCACUUUUCGAGAAAAACGAUUUUUAAAGUUUGAGAUUGAAUAUCUUAAAAUUUAUAAAUGUUAGAAGCUUUUUGGAGAAGGCAUUCGAUGCUUCUAUCUUUUCUGAAGUAAACUCUCGAUUUGUGCGAAGAUCGGUUGACUAUAUUUACAGUUUUUGCUUAAAGUGUAAACCAAAGUCGCUCACAUACGUGUCAUAAGUGUGUAUUGAUGAUAAAAUAUGUAUGACGUGUCACAAAUGUGUACAGAAGAUUUCAUAUAAAAAUGAAUUAUAACUGAUUCGUAAAAUUAUGCGUUAUAGAUCACUAUGUUCAAUAUUAUACUUUUCCAUGCGAUAGCAGCAAU